AGUUACUGCCAGUAGCACGUGUGCUUCGGAGAAAAUUUGACUCCGGCUUCAGGAACAUCUUCUGACAAUUUGUGAAUUCAUUGAUGUAUUUCAUCACAUUCCAGUGCUGUAUCUGAUACGUGAAUUUUUGUUGUCGACGUCAUGGAGAUAAAAGCAUUUGGCUUCUUCGUUUACUUCGUCAUCGGUUGCAUUCAUUUACGAGGAGAUGCAGCGAAUGGACGGCUGGAGCAGCAGUUCGAGAAGUGCUGCAGUUUGGGGACAUCCUGGGCAUCGGAGGGACUCAGAUGCGAGAAAUUUGCAGGCCCAGUUGCGGGAGUUCCCAUGGUCGAGCAGGCGAUGUGUCUUGAGACUGUUGAUAUUUGUUGUAUCAGAGAAAAUCAUCAGAAGAAUUGUGAGAAGGGCAUGAAGAAGGCGAGGAAGGGCCUCAUUUGUUCACAGAGCACUGAUGCUGGUGGGUCUAGGGGUGGACAGAGUGAUGGGUACGAACAGGAUUGCUGUGAAGGCUGCAAACUUGGAAUUUUAAGUGGAUCUCUGGGCCAAAAUUGUGCUUUCAAAGCCUUUCGGUUCGGCAAACCCUGGGACUCGGCCUUCUUAGAAUGCUGUGAGAAGGCAACCACCUCGUCACCAACGACAAAUGAUGACCAGAGCACAACUUCUGGAAGUACAGUGAAGACAACGGUAACCACUCCAUCGACUACCUCCACUGAUUCGACUGAUUCUGGUGAAAUCUCGGUUACACAGGAAUCGGAUUCCUCUUCUACGAGUGCAGGGAAUGCAUCAACACCUCGUUCUGACGACUUAUGCCAGAUGUUCAAGGGUCUCCUAUGCUCCCACAUAUGCGUCCCCACCAAAGGAUCGUACACCUGCGCCUGUCCCACUGGGUACGUCUUACUCGAGGACGAAAAAACCUGUCGCACCGAUGGCUCCAUCACCGAAUCCUCCUCUUCCUCAGCGAUGUCCACCCAGUCACCAACAACCCUGGCGAUGCCUGGAGUCACCCCAACACUAGCCUCAAUGCACUGUCCCCUGGGCUAUCGUUACAACCCAUCCACUAAUCUCUGCAAUGGACCAAAGGAUUACGUGGAGCACGAGGAUGCCGGACAAGAAACGUGUCCACCUGGUUACCAAUGGGAUCAAGAGGUUCACACAUGCAGAGAUAUCGAUGAGUGUUCUGAUCCUGAAAAGACAGCAUGUCCCAGUGAGACUCAUUUUUGUGUGAAUACUCAAGGAAGUUUCACUUGUCACGGAUUGUCUACUUCAAAAUCAUGUCCUGCUGGGUUCAAAUUCAACGUCGUUGAAAAAAUAUGUAAAGACGUCGACGAGUGCGCAGAAGGUCUCCAUGGCUGUCUCCCGGAAGUAGAAUUCUGUCGAAAUACAGAAGGCGCCUAUGAGUGCGAUGUCCAAUGCAGUAGGGGCUUCACCUUCAGUCAGAGUCUGGGAAUCUGCAUCGACAUAGAUGAGUGUGCAACCAACAGGGUCAUCUGCCCCAGUGAUAAACCGACUUGUGUCAAUAGUCCUGGGGGAUACAAGUGCCUUAGACGCGAGACGCCUCGCUCAGACAACGAUUAUGAAGUGGAGAGCAUCAAUGCCAACGAAAUUUCCAAUAAUAAUGCGAACGGAGAAAUGCCAGAGAAAACGAACCGUCUUGUGGACUCACAAGAACAACAUCGAACUUCCGAGAAGCUUCGACAUGAACCUGGAGGGAGUUCAGCGAAUGACAGCCGUCUUCUCGUCUCACAGAAACAAUAUCCAACUGACCAUGAAGGGAGUUCGCAGAACGACAGCCGCCUUCUCUUGCCGCAGAAACAAAAUCUAAUUGAAGAUGGAGGAAAUUCACAGAACGACAGUCGCCUUCUCCUUCCACAGAAUCAAUAUCCAACUGUUAAGACCUUGAAAAGACUCUGUCCUCCUGGUUAUCGAUUCAACGGUUUCAAAUGCGUGGACAUCGACGAGUGCUCAGAGGGUCCAGUCUGUCAGGAACAUGAGCGCUGCGUCAAUCGUCUCGGUGGAUACGACUGUCACCUCUUCUGCAACUCAGGGUGGUACUUCGACAGACUCUCGAAGGCCUGUCAGGACGUGGAUGAGUGUCUCCUGGGUCGUCACAAUUGCUCGCAACCAACGCAUCUCUGUCACAACACAAACGGCUCGUUCGCCUGUCUCCCAGUGCCUCCAUGCUCCCUGGGAUAUCGCAGGGGGCUCGACAGAACCUGCGCCGACGUCGACGAGUGCCUGGAGAAUCUCCAUAAUUGUCGACUUGAGUAUCACCAGUACUGCGUCAACAAACCUGGUGGAUUUGACUGCAUCACUCGUCUACCGGAGUGUGAGGAUGGGUACAAGUACUCGCUGGUCACCAGAAGCUGCGAGGAUGUCGAUGAAUGCAGAAGUCCUGCGGUCACUCCCUGCGAUCAUCGUCUGCAGGAGAAGUGUAUUAACUUGAAGGGCUCUUUCAGGUGCGAACGACCGGUUGAAGUUGUCGCCCCGCAGAGGAACAAACCUGCCUGUCCACCAGGGUAUCGGUAUGAUGUUAUGAGAAGACAAUGUCAAGAUAUCGAUGAAUGUCGAGAGAAGACAGACAUAUGUGGCCACGAGGUGUGUUACAAUCAACCUGGGGGUUACAGUUGUGCCCAGGCACCGACUCCGAUCACUAAGGAACCAAUUCGCCAGCAAACUUUACCCACUUCUGGCCCCAUGGAGUGCUCCUCAGGACAGAGAUACGUGAGGCAUCGAGGGUGCGUUGAUAUUAACGAGUGCGAGGAGAUCCAGGAUGUCUGCACGAGUAAUGAAGAGUGCGUUAAUAAUGUGGGGAGUUAUGUAUGCAAUUGUCGCACUGGAUUCAGACGAGAUAAUUUGACUCAGGCCUGCGUCGAUAUAAAUGAGUGUCAACUUCCAAACGACUGCCUGUCAACCCAGAGAUGCGACAACACCCUAGGGAGCUACAAUUGUGUGAGAUUCCUUCCAUGCGGUACAGGCUACACUCUCAACGCAGCCACCGAAAUCUGUGAGGACGAUGAUGAGUGUCUUCUGGGUACUCAUGACUGCGGGGAAGGUUACCAUUGUAGGAAUACUCUAGGUUCCUAUCGGUGCAAUAAGAACCCGAGAGGCUCCCAACAGACUCCCUCACCUAGAAUUACAACUCCACGUCCUCCAUCAACACUCGUCACGACGACCACGACGAUGAUGACUUCAGUAAUCGAUUCGCGAAAUCAACCCGAGAGAACUUGUCCGAGAGGGUUUUUCCAAGGAGGUAGAGGGGAGUGCGUCGAUAUCGAUGAAUGCACUCAAGGCCCAUCGAAUCCCUGCAGCUCGUCCCCUCUCCAACAAUGCAUCAACACCAUCGGCUCCUAUCAGUGCCUCUCAUCAGUGAUAUGCGGUGCUGGUUUCACUCUGGACCCAAAAACAAACGCUCACUGCGUCGACAUCGACGAAUGCUCUGACGGCACUCACAAGUGCAACGCCAGACAGACCUGUGAGAAUCGUCCAGGUGGUUACGUCUGCGCCUGUCCCCCAGGACACGCCCUAACAUCCAACAGAAACUGCGUGGACAUCGACGAGUGCAGCAUCUACGCCAGGAACAUCUGCGGUGCCACUGGACAAUGUGAGAACACUGUUGGAUCCUUCAGGUGCAUUUGUAAUUCCGGUUUCGAGAGGAUCGAAGGUGGCAACGGCUGCGAGGACAUCAAUGAAUGUCAAAGGCACCCGGGAAUAUGCCAGCACGACUGCAUCAAUGUCUGGGGGAGCUACAGCUGCGUCUGCAAACCUGGCUACAGUCUCAAUAAUGACAAUCGGUCCUGCAGCGAUAUCGACGAGUGCCAGAUGUUCAAGGAUAAUAAUCUGUGCGUCGGCUUCUGCGAUAACACUCCAGGAAGCUACGCCUGCAGGUGUCCAGAUGGCUACAGACUCGGCGAGGAUGGAAGGACUUGUCAGGAUAUCGACGAGUGCGCUGCUGGAGUUGUCUGCAGGGAUCCCAGUGAGAUGUGUCAGAACACCAGGGGCGGGUACAGGUGCAAUAGGAUUCAGUGUCCUUCGGGAUAUCAUCGGGAUCAGGAGAGGAAGAACCGGUGUGUCCGCACCUCCCGUUACUGCCCAUCCGGGGAUAUCUCCUGCUAUCAAUUACCCUCCCACUAUUCCUUCAACUUUAUAACAUUUGUCAGUCUCCUCCCAAUACCUCGUUCCCGACAGUUGGAGCUCUUCACGAUGAGGGGAACUCACUUGCCAGGAUCAAUAGUGAGGUUCAGCAUGGCCCUCAUCAAUGCUCAAGCACCUCCAGGAGUGACUCGAGCCACUGAGUCAUGUUUCGCCCUCAGGAAACCCUCACCCUCACAAGCUGUACUUGUCUUAACGAAGAGCCUUCCUGGACCACAGGAGAUUGAACUCGAUCUCAGUAUGGAGAUAUAUCAUGAUACAGCUUUUGCUGGAAGUGCAGUUGCCAAACUCUUUAUUUACGUAACGCAGUACGAAUUUUGAGUGAAUCAUCUCAGGAAAUCAUAAGUAUUUUCCUGUUAAUUCAGUUGUGAAAGAAAACCUCUGCAUUAUUUUAAGAAACAAACAGAAUUUAAUUGUUAACAAAUUUAAUGAAAUGAAGGAAUGCACGAAAAGAAUUCAAUAGAUAAGUUGUCUCUAUGAAAUUUUGUUGAAUUUUCAUCCGAAAUCUAAGGGAAUUCUAUUUAUUUAUUUUACGCAUGAGUUUCAAUAAACAAAAUUAAAUUUUGUUCUGCAUUUUUCAAAGGAUAUUUUUGUAUAUAGUGAACGAUAGAUUUGAAUUGUUCGUAGAACUUUAGGCACUUUUUUCUUUCAUUUUAUCGUUAUAUAAAGAUUGUACACGAAUUUAUGCAGAAAAAUUACAAUCAACGGACUUCGUUGAAGUUUAUAAUUUUAUGAUAGGGUUUAAACAAAUGUAAUUAUUUAGUGCUGCUUUAAUAUAAUUAGAAUAGACUCCUCAUAGAGAUCGAGUGCGUAUUCAAUAGAAUUUCAUAACGUUUUCAUACUCGUUUAUACAGAUGCUUUAAUGAGAUCGAAUCUAGUGAUUAAUUGUUAUCAAAUCAGUUAAAAAUGACACCUCAAAUUUCUAUUUCCAAUAAAAUUAAAUGCAAAAAAUUAUAA